AAAUACAGUACCUACCCUCCACUUAGAAUAACAUUUUAAGAAUCAUCUCGCUAAAACAAAAUAGUGCUUUCCCUCCACUUUCUUAUCCUUCUGUAAAAAAAAUCACAUUAUGGCUAAGAAGUUGCUUCUGCUUCUUUUACUUAUUAUCUUAAGCCUACAUGCAUGUUCUGGCUCUGUUGUCAAGUUUCUUCCUGGUUUUGAAGGUCCUCUUCCUUUCGAGCUUGAGACCGGGUAUAUUGGUGUUGGUGAAGAAGAGCAAGUGCAAUUGUUUUACUACUUCAUUAAAUCUGAGAAGAAUCCAAAAGAAGAUCCUCUUCUUAUCUGGUUAAGUGGAGGACCUGGCUGCUCUUCUGCCACUGGUCUGUUUUUCGAGAACGGUCCUGUGACAUUUAACGUUGAGGAGGGUUACAAUGAAGGUAGUGGACCCGCCUUACUUUCUACAACACAUUCAUGGACAAAGGUGGCAAACAUUAUCUUUUUAGACCAGCCUCUUGGUACUGGCUUCUCCUAUGCAACAACUCAACUUCUUGAUACACCUAGUGACUCAGGAGAAGCUAAGCAGAUCCAUGAAUUUAUUCGCAAGUGGUUAAGUAAGCAUACAGAGUUUAUUUCGAACCCUUUUUAUGUCGCUGGAGAUUCGUAUUCUGGUAAGACUAUUCCGGCAACAGUUCAAGAAAUCUCCAAAGGAAAUGAUCUUGGGUUUAAACCUCAAGUAAAUCUUGAGGGUUAUGUACUAGGAAACCCGGUAACAGACUUCGAAUUUGACCAUAACCAUGGCAUUCCAUUUGCUCACGGAAUGGCAUUAAUCUCUGAUGAACUCUACGAGUCAUUGAAGAGAAGCUGUAGAGGAAACUAUGAAAAUAUAGAUCCACAUAACACAGAGUGCUUGAAACAUCAUGACAAAUAUCUAAAGUGUAUUUCUAGUAUAAAUGUUGUUCAUAUUCUAAUGCCACGGUGCGAUCCCCCCUUGUUCCCAAGAAGAUAUAUUCUCCUUAGAAACGUUUCGGCUCCGUUAAGUGCAGAUGGAUGCUAUAUAUAUACUGAUUUAAUUGCUUCCCUCUGGGCCAAUGAUGAGAGCGUACGUAAAGCACUUCAUGUGGUUAAGGGAAGUAUAGAAAAAUGGGUACGGUGUUCUUCGGGCAAGGCUUACGACGUCGACAUUAAAAGCAGCGUACCAUACCAUAUGAACAACAGCAUCAAAGGAUACAGAUCUCUCAUAUUCAGCGGUGAUCACGACUUAGUGGUGCCUUUCCCUUCAACGCAAGCGUGGAUAAGAUCGCUUGGUUAUUCCAUUAUUGAUGAGUGGAGGCCAUGGAUGGUACAUAAUCAAAUUGCUGGAUACACUAGGACUUAUGCCAAUAACAUGACAUAUGCUACUGUCAAAGGAGGUGGGCAUACACUUGAAUUCAAACCAAAUGAAAGCUUUAUCAUGUUUCAGAGAUGGAUUAGUGGUCAACCACUCUAAAUCCCUUCUUCUUUUUUUGGUAGUCACUGAUAAUUUUAUCUGUAAAUUUGUUGUUGAGACUUGAUAAUUAAGUGGUUACCUAUUGAGUAUGGUUGUUUAAACUCCCUUUUGAUUUGGUUUGGUUGAUAAACCGAAAAACCCAAUAAAGAUUCCGGUGUAGUA